GCACAGACCAGUCGCUUUAGUCCGGUCUCGACCGUAGUAUCGUGAAUGUGUACUUUGACAGUAUUUCAAAACUCGAUCGUUGUUUUUUUCUUUUUGUUUGUAAAUUGAUUAAACAGCCACAGUUUUUGAGUUGUGCACACUCUCUGUGUUUUUUCCAAAAACCGGUGAGAAAAAUGAUCGGUAGUCGUUGAUGUUUGCUUGCGGAUACACCGGUGAUUGUGGGAUUUUGUGAGCCAACAGAGAAGAGCAUCUCGAGAGUUUGAAUAAGUGUGUUUUUUUGAGACAAGCGACCGGGUUUUAGGAGGCGCAGAAGAGAAAGAGAGCGAAAUUUUUACUUUUUUUCCCUUCAGUAAAAUCCCCGUACAGAAAGGGCGAAGAAAGACAACCACUGUGGAUAAUAUAUAGUGUGAUUUUCUCAAAUUUCCUUUGAGAAGUUCUUUGCAUUCAAGGAUUUACACAAGGCUUCAAAAAAUCUCCUGAAUUUUUGGUGCGCGAAACAGUUUAUGAAGACACUUUGUCGUGUUAUUUGAUUAAAAAUGGAAUAACGAGCAGCGCGUCACUCAAAGUUAUAUCAUCCGAAGGCAUUAAGGGAAGAGCAUAAACACAGAGCACAAUAAUAAUCCACGAUUCUUGCCUUUGACCACCGACAGAGAGAGAGAGAGGGAGUGAGAGAGUGAGAAAGAGGAGACAAAGUGGUCAAAGAGGAGAAAAUACUACCCAAAAAACUGCAUAAGCAAGGUUAGACGCAGGACAAAAGUGAGGAGAGAACUAAAACCGGAUAGAAAAAACAAUUGUUAAUACGAAAGUGUUGGGAGAUUUCUCGAUUUUGUGUUGCUCUAAGCCAAAAGGAAGGAGAAUAUAUUGGUGGACAGAGACGAAAUAAGGGUCCAGCAAUCACAGAGACAUUGAACCAACGUCUUCAGCCAUGCUAUUCGAGAAUCCGGCUGUGGCUGCUAAAUUACCUUUUCCGUACAACAUACCGCCACCGAUGCAGGCUGCCGCUGGGGUCCCACAAAUCAGUGCGGGCCUUGAGUCGAAGCCCCUCAUCGAUCACGACCUGCAAAAUGCCUUGAUUGCCAUCAAUCCGAUGAAUGGGACGCCCGUGAAUGGAACCACGAUCAAUGGCAACACAAAUUCACACUCGAGCUCAUCGGGCAGAUCGACGCCCAACCAGGGCACAGAUCCUGCCCCGGGGAAGCUGUUCGUGGGCGGGCUGAGUUGGCAGACGAGCGCGGACAAGCUGAAGGAGUACUUUGGCAUGUUCGGCACGGUGACAGACGUGCUCAUCAUGAAGGAUCCGGUCACGCAGCGGAGUCGCGGCUUCGGCUUCAUCACAUUCUCCGAUCCCGCGAGCGUGGAGAAGGUGCUGAAGGUGCCGAUUCACACGCUGGACGGCAAGAAGAUCGACCCGAAGCACGCCACGCCGAAGAACCGGCCGAAGCAGGCCAACAAGACGAAGAAGAUCUUCGUGGGCGGCGUGAGUCAGGACACCUCGGCGGACGAAGUGAAGGGAUACUUCAGUCAAUUCGGGAAGGUGGAGGAGACGGUGAUGCUCAUGGACCAGCAGACGAAGCGCCAUCGCGGCUUCGGCUUCGUGACAUUCGAGAAUGAGGACGUGGUGGAUCGCGUGUGCGAGAUCCACUUUCACACCAUCAAGAACAAGAAGGUGGAGUGCAAGAAGGCGCAGCCCAAGGAGGCCGUCACGCCGGCGGCGCAGCUGCUGCAGAAAAGACUGAUGCUGGGCGGUUUGGGUGUGAGGAUGGCGGCUCCGGCGCCCAUGGUUGGCCCCGCCGGCACAGUGGCGGCCGCCAAUCCACUCGCCAUGGUACAGGCUCAGGCUCAGGCGGCCCAAGCGGCCGCCGCCGCACUUCAAGUACAAAAUGCAGCAGCCGCCGGCUUCGGAAAAGUCUUCACAACAUAUCCACCGACUCUUCAUAGUUUUAGAUAUGCGCCGUAUCCUAUUCCCGCCGGAGCUGCCGCUGCCGCCGCCCACGCGGCGUCCGCUCCACAGCCCCAACCCCAACCCGCCGCGGCUCCCACGCCGACCACAGCGGCGGCCGCGCUCGCAGCCGCGCCAGUGGCGCCCGGAAACCCUUAUCAGGGCUACAGUCUCACGAAUGUGGACAUGUCAAGCUUCCAGGGCGUCGACUGGGGCUCAAUGUACGGCAUGGGCAUGUAUGUCUAGAGCGCUCCUGCACAGUCACUGUGAGGCUCUGCGAGACGAUAAUUGCUGUAGAUUCUGUUGUGGACGAUCGAAAGAGGGAGAGAAAGAAGGAGAGAAAAUUGAGCAGAAGACGAUUUGAUGAUCAAGUGUGGGCGAAGACAGCGGAAUCUUCGCGAGGAGGAUGUGAACCAACGGAAGAAGGAGAAGAAGAGCGAAUUGGCGCGAUGGAAGCGAGUACUUUUUCAGAGAGGGAGAGAAAGAGAGAUUUUCAGAAGAUGUGACAUCAAGAGGUAUCAGUAGAUAUUAAACACAACCCAAAAACCACGAAAGGAGACAAAAGUAGUUAGUGAAUAACUAAAAAAAUGAAUUGACACAAACACACACAGAGUUAAUUGAUGGACAAGCAGAGAAAAGAGGACGGCAAACGGAUUUUUAACGACUAAUUCUCUUUUAGACGCCAAGCAAGAAACCAACCUUCUUUAUCUUUUUCUUAUUUUUCUUCUUCAUUUUCAAAUCCAGAGUGAGGAGAAGGAGAAGGAGAAGAGAGAGUGAGAGAGAAGAUAGAGAUAUUUGAUGGGAAGGAAGGAAGGAAGGAAGAAGCGUGAAGAUGUUGGAAAAAAAGCCACAAGAACAACCCACCAAGCAAACAAAAACAAACAAAAAAAAACACAGAAAAUAGUUACAAGGAAAAUUUUUACAAGAAGACAUUUGAAGAGAUGAUGAUGAUGAAGAUGAUGAAGGAAAAAAAGCCAUUUCCGAUGAGUAUAAAAAACAACAACCAAACCAAUCAACAAAAAAUUUUACCCUCAGAACAAUAUAUAUCUAAAUUUUGUCUUUUAGUGGAAAAUAUUUAAAAAAUAGAUUCGCAGAAGUAUUAAAAAAUUAGAUUAGAGAGAAUGUAUGAAAAAAAAUUUGGUUUCAUCGUAAUUUCUUUUAUAACCACAUAAUUCUCUUAUACAUUUUUGCAAAAUGUAACCACAAAUACUAGAUAUAUAUAUAUACGUAAAUAUCUCUUUCGAAUCUGUUGAGAUUUAUGUGUUUUUGCAAUAAUUUAUGUUUCUUCUCCCCAAUUCUUAUUUGAAUUAACAUGUUUUAUGUUGAUCGUUCUUUAUCACUAACACCUGAACUUCCUCUUUAGUGGUUCUUUGAAAUCUUCAUUAUUGUAUUAGAUUAAUUUUAUUUUUGUGGAAAUUAGGCAGAAAAAAUUGAAUUGUUUCACAAUCUGUGUAAGUUUCGUUUUGAUAAACUCUAGAUUUAUUAUUGGAAACAGAUUCCUUGAAUUUUUCUUUAGAAAAUGCAGAUUUAUCUGGAAUAAUAUUUCUCUUAUUAACCAAUUUUAUAGUUUUCAUGCAGAAGAGAUAAUAAUAUUGGAGAAAUGAUAAAUAAAUAGAUUCUGUUCAAUAUUAGUAAAAACUUUUGAUAAAUUUUUUAGUAUUUUAACACAUCUUUUACUUGUAUUUUCUGUUAGUUUUCUGUUCAUUCAAAGUAUUUGAGAAUUUUUGCAGAAGUAAAAUCUCUAUUUCUAUACUCAAAAAAGCAACAUUUCGCAAUAGAUUUUUCUCAGAAUCUUAUAAAUGAUAAAACAUAUAAUUAAUCCCUAUCAUAUAUAUUGAAAAUGAAAAAAAACAUAGUUUGGCAAUUUGUAAUAGAUUUUCCUCUUAGAUCAGAUCCUUUAAAUAGAAAUUCUUGGUCUUGAUUUUGUGUUUGGAAGAUCUCAACAAUUAGGAAUUAGCCAGAAAAAAAAGAAAAAUCUAAACAUCAUCAUACAGUAUUAUUAAAGAAAAUAUAUGAAAGUAAAUAUAUUUAAUUGUAAUAACUGUGGUGCCUAAGAAAUUCUCAAAGAAAAAAUCAGUAUAAAGAUGAUUUGAUUCGAAGAUUUUAUGUGUGAAUCAAAACAUUAAAUACACUGAAAAACUCAUUUUUCCGUUAAUGGUUAGUUUCUUGCCUCCUUUUUCAGUUCAAUCAACAAUCUUACAAAGCUUUUAUCAGUAUUUCAAAAUAACGGAGCGAUUCUGAGUCACACAAGAGAUGUUAAAAGUGUGUUGAUGAUUUAACACACUUCUUUGCUAUUCUGAGUUACAAAUGUAAGGCUCAAAAUGACGACAAAAAUCAUUUUCAUUCGCCUGAAAGUGUAAUUUUAACACAAUUUCUAGAAGUUGUUUCACUGAAUGUGUUAAAAAGCAGAAUAACAGAUCGGAAAUCUGCAAAUAUCUUGCAAAAACGGAUCAAUCCGCAAUUUUAACUCUCAUUUUCAGGCUUAAACUUAAGAGAUAUUUGCAGUAAAUUCUUUUUAUCGUGGAUUUACUAAAUAUUUACUUAAAUUUUAAUAAUUUAGACAAAUUUCACAAUUUUUCCUCUCUUACGCAUUCUGUAAUCGCUUAAAACUCUAAAGCAUUGUUUUAGCGAGAAUAUCAAGAGAUGUUUUUCCUUAUUCUUCGCGAAUGUUGAACUUUACAUGUUUGAUAUUUAACAUAUCUUUGUGUGACUGAGCAUUGCUCCAUAAGUUUUUUUUCCAUUACACAUAAAUCAAGUUUUUAGACAGUCUUUAUUUAAGAAGAAAACAGAUUUACAGACAUUUAUCGUGGCGCAACUAUUUUUUCACGCUGGAAUUCUUUUCAUCCAGUGGAAAAAGUAAAGAUAAUUCUAAAGAAAGAGGAAAGAAAUUAGUAAACUUUGACUUUUUGAGUAAAGAAGUUGAAUUGAAAGAAUUCUACCGGUUUCACGUAGAUUUAAAAAAAAAUAUACUCCUGAUCGUCGCAAGGAUACCGAAAUAUGACGAAAGAAAGAAGAAAAAAAACACAAUUUUAUUCAAUUCUCAAAGGUAAAUUCCACUAAAUUGAUGAUUGGUUCGUAAAAUAUCCAACACGCCAUUGUGAAGCGCUUCACGUUGGGAAGGUGACAAACAGAAGAGAAGAGAAAGAGAAGAAAAUAAGUGAUCGCAAAUUGAAUUUAGCGAAUAGAGAAGGACAUUAAGAUGCUGUUUCAAUUUUCAAAAAAAGAAUGAAGAAAGAAGAAAAGAAUAUUCUCAGAUUUGAGGAAAAAAAAGAAUGGAACUUAAUAGUUUUUAAGCAAUAUAUCUCGCAAUAAGCAGUAUUAUAUAUUUUUUGAGAAAAUAAUAAGGAAAGAAAAAUCUUUAACAUUUCAUUGGUAAUUUGAAGGAAAUAAGAUUAAAAAAAAACAUGGUGGAUUCUGAGGAACUUUUUAAGUAUGAUGAUGAAUUCGGAAGUUUUUUUUUUUUAGAAGUAGAAAUCUGGUGACAUGAAAUUCCCAUCUAGUUUUUUUGCACCUGUCUUAGACGUUUUUAUUUCUUUCAAUGGUUUUUUUUGAGUAACAAAAAGCAUUUCAUAACAUUUCUUUUGAAAAUAGUUUUCUUCCUACGUUUUUCCUCCCUUUUAAGCGUUUUUUGGCAAAUUAGAAAAAAAAACAAUUAAAAGCAAGUCAUAAACUUGAUGAUAGAAAUGCGAAUCCUUACAUAUAAAUAUAUCUGUAAUAGAUAGAAAGAACAAAACGCAUGUCAUAUAAAAUCUUAUUUCAUAGAAAUUGUCUUUAAUUUCUCUUUUUUUUGGAAAUGAUAUUUUCAAAUAAUAAUAAAGAAAAAAAAAAAUACGCGAAAGCAAGUGAAAAGCAAAUGUUUUGAAAGAAAAAAAAAUUAGAUAAAAUAUAUUUGAAAUUUUUGAACUAUUUGAAUUGAUAAGCAAGAAAAAAAAAUCUGAAUAUUGAAAUUACUCAAAGUCAAGUAAUAAGAAAAAAAUGCAAAGAGAAAAGGAGAUAAUUUUGAGAGUUAUUGAUGAAGAAGAAGAAAAAAAAACGCUUGUGAAAAAAACCUUAUUGUAAUUAAUAAUAAAAAGAAACAAAGCUUAGUGAUUAGCUUUUUCUGGUUGUUACAAAAAUAAUUUUUACAUUUAAAAAAACCAAUUUCCCACGUUUGAUGCUUAUUAUUUCAUUCCUUAAAAAAUAGAGAAAAACUAUUUGUACAAGAAAAAGUAUUUUUUCUAUGCUUUCUUUUUGAUUUUUCUUGUUUUUUUCCUUCUAAAUAUUAAGGAGCGCCAAAUGCUCUAUUUUUUCCAAUAUCUAUUCAACUAAAUUAUUGUCGGUUUGUAAGCGAUAAAAAAUCCCCUUUUUUCAAUGUCCCUGAAAUUUCCUUUCUUGUAGUUUUUCAUGGUUCACUGAGACAGAACGUAAGAAAUAGUUUGUCAAUAAUUAUGUUUAAGGUGCCUUAAAUAGAUUUAUAUUCUGGUACAUUUUUUUUUCGGUGAAAAAUCACAAGAUCACCAUUAAAUUUAGUUGUUUUUUUUAUUCAGAAAGAUUUGCUUCUUCUCUGUAUUUUUGAUCAGAUUUUAUUCAAAAGAUAUCCAAAAAAAAACAAUAUUUUUUUGGGUAAGAAUAAAUCCGGAAAAUAAAAGUCGUAUUUUGGAAUUGUUUUUUUUGUGGUAAAACUUUCUGAUUUUGUCUUAGUGAAAGCGUAAAGCUUAUCGUCCUUUCCUUGCUGCAAUAUCAAUACAAUAUCUUGGGUUCUGUUGAUUGAUUGAUUCUGAACGAGAAAUGCAAUACAAAAUCGAAUAUAUAUAAUUAGAGAUAUGAGUUUGUAUUUUGUUCAAUAUAAAUAUUGCAAUGUAUUUUUAUUUCUCUUCUUAAACAUUUGAAUAUUUGUGUAUCUUUUAACGUUAGUUACAUAUAUAUAUAUAUAUAUAUUUACUACAGCGAGAAAUAAUAAUUGUUUAUUCGUAUUCUUAUUCUUUUUUUUGUUAGUGAUUAGACAGCGUCUGUAAUUAAAAUGAUAUAUUUGAAAGAAGCAUUAGAUUAAUUAAUAUAUUGACAAGUUUAGAAGUAGUUUUUAUUUUUUUUCUGUAUAUAUACAAACAUAUGAAAAAAAGCAAUUGAGUGGAAUGAUUUUUUAUUUGAUUAACAAUUUUAUUUUCUGUUUUUUUUUAAGGCUAACGUAGAAAUUUUUGUGUUGGAUCGAGAGUUUUUGGGCAUUUGAGUAAUUUGUCAAUUUAUCGUAAUAUGUGUUUAUUUAUUCUUUAUAAAUUAUUACGCAAACAUUUAAUAAUAUUUUAGGAGUGAAAUUUGAAUUAAUUUGAAAGAAAAUGAAGUAAUUUCCAACACACAUAUCGAAGAUAAACAAAAAAAAAACUGAUGAAAUUUUAGAUAAAAGAAAGCUUUUUAUGACAUCUUCAAAAAUAAUCAACAACGUCUGUGAAAUUCAUCAUAUCAUUAUGAAGUUAAAGAAUAAAAAAACCUUUUGAUGCUCUUGAAAUUACUUGAAAAUAAAAUUAGCUUCGAAAAAUUAGUUUUGAAAAUUUCCUAUUCUUUUUUUUCAAUUUCUAUAAAAGUAAAAGUAAAAAAAAACAUAAAAUCUUGACAAUAAAUAAGCAAUAAAUGAGAGAUAAGGAAAAAUAAAAAUGAAUAAAUAAAGGACGUUUUUUAUAAUAAAGAAAGAGAGAAUAAAUUCGUGAAAUAUGAAGUCUGUUAAUACGUUUGUAGGAAGAAUGAAAGCAUAGAAUUUCUCUCUUUUUUUUCUUUGAUAAAAGAGAAAAUCAAGUUUUCACGUGUUUUUGAUACUAACAUAUUUCUUAACAUAUUUCUGAUUUCACACAAAAAGAAAAGUAACAAUUAUAAAUUAAGGGAAAGAAACUCUCGGAAAAUUUAUUCGAAUUGACAGUUUUUUUAUAUAAAGAAAAGAAAACAAUUGGAAUCUCAAAUCAAAGAUUUGAUUAAAACAAGAAAUGAAAAGAAAAAAUGUAGUAAAUAUAUUGAAUAAGAGUACAAACUUAUAUCUCUAAAGCGCGAUGAAGAUUUUUGCAAAAGAAAAAAAAACCUCAGCAAUUUUAUGGAGACCAAGAAAUAAUAUAUUCAUUAUUUAAUUCCACGUCCCAUUUUUACCUCCCCUCGAAAGAAAAAAGAAACCAAUUCUUUUGUGUCAUAAUAAGACACUUGACGUUUUUACAAGAAAGUAAAAAAGUGUUACUAGAGGACCAAAAAAAAACCAAUUAACCUAAUAUUUUUAACAAAGAUUAUGAUAUUAAAAAAAAAUCCUGAAGCUUCCAAGACUUUUCUUUAGAGUCUACAAAGAAAUUUGUAAUUUAUCUUGUAAUCUAUGUUGAAAUUUAGAUCAGUUGACAAAAAGAAAAAAGGAAGAAUUUCUGGGUGUAAUUUGUAGACUUUUUUUUCUUAAUGACAUCAGAAAUAGUUGAAUAUAUAAUUUCUGUGUAGAGCUUUUGGCACUUCUUAAAUUGUGCUUAAUUUUGGAACUUUUAUAUUCUCUCCUUUUGUGUUGGACUUCUUUUUCCCAAGUUUUAAUCUUCACUUUUCUAUAGACAGGAAAUAAAAGUCUUAAAAAUAUGUAUGAAAAUGAAUUUAUGUUGCCUUUUUGAAAAGCUAUCAAACUGAUAAUUAUUAUUAUUAAAAACUGUGGCAAGGAUCUGUUAAAGGAUCAGAAAGUGAAAAUUAUACACUUAGAAUUUCGCUGUAGUUUUUAGUCAAGUAAAAAUUAAUCCUUCGCACUUAUUUUUCUUUCCUACAUUUUUUUCUAAGUAUUUUUAAUUAGUUUCUAAAUAAAAAAAAACAAAUCAAGUAUUAGUGACGAGAUGGAAAAUGGUUUUUCUUCACGGUUUUAAAAGGGAAAAGCCAGGCUAAUUGUGUAGAGAUUAUUCUCUGACAGAGGAUAAAAAAGAAAGGAAAAAAGUAGGAGAAGAAAGAUAAUAAAAAAGCGAAUUUUUACAGAUAUAUAAAAAGUAAGAAAAGUGAACCUCAAAUUUCCUAUUAGCAGUAUAAAUAAUGAAAAAUUUCUUUAAAUAUUAUGUGUUAAAAAUGUUUAUUUUUUAAUUUAUUUUACUGCAAAACAUAAAAUAUCAUAGAAUUGUGAAUUUUUUUUUUGCAAUUGAUCUGUGAGAAGUUACAAUUUAUCAAAAUUGCCAUUUACGUUCAUUUGAAUGAAAAACUAGGUUUUAGAAAGUGAAAUUUUGAAAAGAAUGAAUAAAUAUAAUGGAGUAAAAUAUGCUUUGUGGACAUAUUAAAAGUGUCUUGAAUUUUGCCGAUAAUCUUGCAAGAAAUCAUUUGGUUUAAUUAUUAUUUUUAAAAAAAAUUUUUACACGGUUUUAAAGGAACAAAAUCUUGCCGAUUUAAUUAUCUCAAAACAUAAUAUAAUAUUUUUUUCCCCCUCUAUAAUAAUGAAUUUGACUGAGAUGAAACAGAAAUAUUUCUUUUUAAUCUUUUAUAUUUUGUGUUUUCAUGAGUGAGUAAAUUUUAAGUGAAGUUGAGAUCUUUCGUAAAUCGAAAGUGGGUAAAUUUAAGUGCAGCUCAAUGAUGGAGACUUUUUUUUGGCUUAGAUUUAAUAUUUAGUAAUUAGUUUUGAAUUUGUCUUUCUUACUUUUUAAUCAAAACCUGAAAGUGGCUUUUAACAGUUGCUAUUCAAUCUCUUAAUAAGUAUUAUUAGUUUCUAAGUUUGGCAUUAGUUUUUUUUUUUCUUUGUCUUAUCUUAAGAUCUUGUCCCAACGAUUAUUUUUAGAUUUAUAUGUUUUUCUUUCUUCUUAAUAUACUUUAGAGACGUAAAAAUAUACGUAUAUUUGUGAGAAUUCUGUAGUACUUAAAUAUUUUUCUUUAUUUGUAUUUUAAUUCCAUUAGUUUAAGCACAAGAAUCGUAUAGACUUAAUUUUUAAUUCACUCUGUUGAACUCUUAACAUAAUAAUAAUAAUAAUAAAAACAUUUUCACCAAGUAAUAAAAUGCAAGAAAUACAAUUCUUGAUUUUCAAUGUAAAUAUUUAAUAAUUAUAUUUACACUCUAAGUAUUUUUCUGUAUUUGUAAUAAUUUAGGUUUUUUCCUUCUUGAAUAGCUUCUGCUGAGUAGAAUAUAAGUAAAUUAUAGUUCUUUUUUGUUCUUUGGCAAAAUGGAUAAAGGCGUAAUUUUGUGAAAUUAAUAAAUUGAAGCGCACUUUUAGAUAAAGUUGCACUAAAAUCAUAUUUUUACAUGAAAAUUAUUAUUUGCACGUUUUAAUACGUAUUUAAUAACGAAUGCCUAAUUUUUUAUUUAUUUAUUCUCCUCUUAUUUUACAACCUCUCUUAAACAUACUCUUUCCCAACACACUUUUCUCUGUCCUUCAAUGCGUUUUUUUCCUCCUUUAAUGCUAGACAAGAGACAACAAAAUCUACUCCCGAAACAUCCAAGAAUUUAAAAAUACCCCGAAAGGAUUAAGAAAAGUGUUCAUUUGGAAAUUUCCACAUGAAAAAUCAUGUCUUUUUUUGCUGUUGAAAACUCUAAUUAGAAUCGACUAGUAAUAAAUAAUAUUGUUGUUGUGUGACGUUUCAUGAUAUGAAUUUGCUAACUAUAAAGAAGAAGAAAAAAUAUGAGAGAAAAGAAAAGAAGAAAAUAAAUGGCGAAAAUAGUAAAUAAAAAGAAAGUGAGUGAAAUGUGGAUGAAAUAAAUAUUGCUUUGAGUGUAAGAUAAAGUAAUAAAAACGAUGAAAAAAAUAUAUAUAAAUAUAUUUCACCCUAAAAAAAAAGCAAAAAGAAAUAAUUAUUACUGUGAAGCUUUUUAUCACAAAAAGUGAAAUUUUAUACACCAGUUUUUCUGCAUGUCUUUGUCAAUAGAUUUUUAUUCUUAACUAAAAACUCUCCGCGAAAAGAAAAAGAAUCACACACCGUUAUUAUAUGGCAUUUUCUCUCUCUUAUCACCCCCUUUUCAACAAAAAAAAAAUCCCCUCGUUCAACUGUAAUUCGUGACUGUAUAGAAAGAGUUUUUAUAAACAUCUUUGGAGAGGUUUUUGGAAGAAAAAAAGAAGACAUGAAGUUUUUCAAUUGAACACUUUUCUUGCAAAAGAAGAUUUCAAAAAAAAAGUGAGGCAAAGCUUCUGAAAGAAAAGGAGUUUUUGCGAUACUUUUCUUUUCCACCCCCUAAAAAAAAUAUAUGAUUUUCUUUGUCAAUCAAAACAAAUAUUUUUGAAUAAACAAUAUUUUUUUUCUCUUCUUAAGUCGAACAACAUAAUGAGACAAUACUCUUAUUCGUAAAUGAAAGAUAAUUUAAAAGAUGAAAGUAUAAUAAAGUGAAAUAAAAAAGAGAUAAAUAUAUCCUGAGAGCAAUAAAUGUAAUUAAAAGAUGAAGAGAAAAGAAAAACCUUUUAAAAUAAGCUUAUAGAAGAGGAAAGUGAAACAUGAAAAAAAGAAUAUCUUUCAUCAAUAAGAAUGAUAUAAAUGAAAUUAAAUAAGAGUGACACCUUUUUUUGUAAUAAAUAACAAUUUAAAAAAAUAAAAAGUGAGAAAAAUAUUGAAUUUGACGAGAGAGAGAGAGAGAGAAAAAAAAGAACACAAUAUACGAGAAGCGUUUAAAAAUAAAAAAAGGUUCCUCUAUUUUUGUAUUUCCAUUAUAAAAAGAAAAAUCAAUAUAGUAAAAAAAAAAAGAAGAAUAAAGUGAGGUAUAUAAAAUGUAAAUUAAAAAUAAAUAAUUAUUGAUUAUUAUAUACAAAAGAAAAAAAAAACACUUAAUCUUAUUGACUAAAAUAUGAUUCUAAAGGAUUUAAACAACAACAACAAAGAAAAUCUCAAACUUGCAGUAUAAAAAAAUCAAGUAUCAAAUUUCUACAUGAAAAAAAUCUUUCAUUAAAAAAAUCACCUUUAAAAAAAGUAUAUAUAUAUAUAUUUAGCAUCUCACAGAACAUUAAAAGAAAAAAAAAAACUUAUUGUACAUUUUUCGGAAAUAUUUGCAUUAUAGAGAGAGAAAGAAAGAAAGAGAGAAAAAAAGGAAACCAGUUUUGAUUCGAUAAAGGGAAAAAAAAGCAUUUAAAAAGUCCCUUUUCGCGAUGAAAGUUGACACAAAAAAAAAAUAGAAAUAAUCAAUUAAAAAUGUAUCUUUCAUUUUCUAGCAUUGUAAUUCUACUCCCUUUUCUUUACUCUUUUAUCCGCCUUCAUUUCUCCACUUUGUGCAUUUUCUUAUCCCACAAGCUCUUAUCCACACACAAACACACACUUAAAUCAUUACAUAAAUAUAUAACAUUUAGUUUUGUGAACUAACAUAGAAACAACCUAUAAAUACGACUUUAUUCAAAAACUUACAAUCUAAUGAUGUUGUAUCUUAGUGUAGUUUUUUUUUUCUUCUCCUUUUUGACUUCAUUUCAUUUUCUAAUCUUAAAGUAUUUAAGUAAAAUAUAUAUAUAUAUAUUUUUGAGUAGUUUGCUGUUGAUUAGAACUUUUUCAAUAAAUAAAGUGUAAUUUCAAAAGAAAGGAAAAAAAUUAUACGUAUAACUCAUAAAUUUAUCUUUGCCUAGAACAAGAAAAGUAAAAAAAAAGUGUUUAUAGAGCGAAAAGAGCAACGUUUCAAUGCAAUUCGUGUUAAUUUUCCAUGCAAGAAAGAAAAUGAACAAAAAAAAAUGCAUCAAUAUACGAAAAAUUCACCCACAAAAACAAAAAAAGAUAGUAAAAGUAAGACAACAACAACAAAAAAAAAA